AUGAAAAAAAAUCGACUCAAAUUGAAACGGAAAGAUCGGCUUCAGCUUACGAUUCUCUCUGAAGCCAAACUUAAUGCCAUAAUUGAAGGAGAUACUCGACUUUGCAAGUUUGUAACGAUUAAGAACCUGUUGCUUCGGUUAUACGAUCGAGAACUCAGGAGCAAAUUGAAAAGAGAAAAACGGAAGGCCCGCUUGCGCGCUUCUCGGUUCAAAUUAAAUUUGAAUGAGAUACCGUUGCUAACCGUUACAAGCGCGGAGGACAUUUCUUUACCGGUCCCCAUCACGCCUAUGUCGACGGAUGACAACCAUAUUGCUGGUGGUUCUGAGUUUAACUGCGCCAAUGGCAAGGUUCUGACGACCGAGGGAAAUAAUGGAAUGACAGUUAAGGAGGGUGACGCCCAAGAAUGUCUCGUUGAUGGUUCGACAGUGUUAAAGGAACCGUUGGGAGUCCUUAUGGACUCCGCCAUUGGUGCGCGUCAGUCAAAUGAUGCUGAAUUAUCUAGUUCCACUAGUGAUACAUUAUCUAGUUCCACUAGUGAUACAUUAUCUAGUUCCACUAGUGAUACAUUAUCUAGUUCCACUAGUGAUACAUUAUCUAGUUCUACUAAUGAUUCAUCAUCUAGUUCCACUAGUGAUACAUUAUCUAGUUCCACUAAUGAUUCAUCAUCUAGUGACUCCUAUAGUGACUCAUCUAGUUCCUCUAGUGACUCAUCUUGUUCUUCUAGUGACUCAUCUGAUUCCACUGACGAACAUUCAUCUAGUUCCUCUGAUGCUGAGUUAUCUAAUGAUGAAAAACAUGAGAAAGCUGAAAGCAAGAGUGUCAAUUGA